AAUGAACGAUCGUGAAAGUAGUGAUUCUAGUAGUGAUGAAUUUUAUGAGAAAAUUAAAGCUUAAGUACCUAACAAUUCUAAAUUAAGCUAAAUAUCAUGGAUGAUGAGGAAAAGAGUUCAAGAAUUGUAAGCAGAAAUGAAGUAUUGCCAAAAGUCUCAUUUGCUCCUCCAGAAUCCAAAGAACAGAGAGAAUUCAAUUUCAAUUAUAAACAUUCAGAUAGAAUUCAAUUGAUUGGCAAAAUUGAAUCCAUUACCAAAGAAAACAUUAUCAUUUAUUCCAAUCUUUUAGAAUUUGUCAUCAAUUUAGAUUAAUUAAUAGUUAAUGGCUAAUAAGAGAUUUUGGGAAAAGUUGAUGAUGUUUUUGGUAAAGUCGAAAGGCCUCACUAUUCAAUUUUGUUGGAUGGAUAUGUGAACAACCUAGUUUAAACAAAUUAACUAAAAAUUGGCGAUGAUGUCUAUAUUAAUGUUGAUAGCACUUCUGUUUUAAAUCCUGAUGCUAUUAAGCAACUACUUAAGUAAUUUUUCAUGCUAUCAAAAGUAAAAAAGGGUGCGAUGCAUCUAAUUAAUUUGAUGAAGAAGUGAUUAAUGAAUGUGAUGUUGAAUAUUCAGAUGAUGAGAUUGAAGCACACUCUAAAAAGCGAGGAAACAAGGAAGAAGGAGAAGUGAAGAAGAAUAAUAAAAAAAAAGAAAAACAUCAUAACUAAUAAAAGCAUGAUAAAUAAUAAUCAUUUCCUUAAUAAAAUAAUAAACCUUAAGGCAAUAAUCAAUAAUAAUAAUAAUAAUAACAAUAAUAACAAUAGUAAUAGUAAAUGAUGUAGAUGCAACAUUCUAUGUAAUAAUAACAACAAUAUUAUUAAUAAAUGUUACUUUAAUAGCAAAUGUAAUUGUAAAUGCAAUAAUAAUAAUAUUAACAAAUAAUAUAAAAUUAAUAGGCUUUUCCAUAAUAAUAAAUGCAAUAACCUUAAUACAUAUAACAAAUGUAUCCGUAACCUUAAUAAUUAUAGCCAAACCCUCAAUUAAAUCUCCCUUACAAUUCAUAAUAAAUUAAUUAAUAAUUAAAUUAGAAUCUGAAUUCCCUUUUCUAAAAUAUUAAGCCGUAAGAUUAAUGA